GGACCACACCUUCAAAUCAAAUAAAAGGAGUACCGUUAGUCGGAGGAAGCCGGCAGACAAACAUCCAAUUCCUCGAGAGCAACACACACACCUUUCAUUCAUCUCUGACCUAUCCAUCCUCCUCCAUGGAUCCGCCAGGCUCCAACCCAGAUGGAGUAGUAAACAUGACGAGGGCAAUGCAGGCUCUGUCCCCUUUGCUGAAGCACCCAAGGGCGACGAUCGUCAAAGUGGAAGGUCUGGUGCUAGCGGCCGCUGGGCUGCUGCUUCUCCAGCUCUUCUUGGGCUUCUACAGGCGGCGCUGGCGUAGCUCCGUCCUCAGCACUGUCCUGCGGGCGUCUUCCAAACUCAUGGAGGCGCUCAUCAUCUACACCCUUGGUGCGAUGCAGUCCUCCCCGAUCAAGAACUCGUCGUAUCCCGUCUGGGCUGCUUUUCUCGUCAUGGCUUCGGCGGGCACCACCGCCGUACAGGACUAUGAUUUCUGUGGCAGCUUCUACAACAAGUACAUGGAGGGUGGAGUCGACAUGAUCAAGUACUUCUUCUACUGGAUCAUGUUCGGUCUGCUCCUUGAUCCAAAUACUUAUACCUUCAAGACAACCCUGGACCUGCAGCGGCAUCUCAAGAAUUCCAGAGCAAGUUCCAAUUGCGUAAUGGCCCUCUUUUAUUUCGCUUUAUUCACAAAGCUCUGCGAAUCCAUCGGUCUAGCAGCUGUGGGAUACAAGAUGCAGAAAUCGAAUCUUUUUUUCCGCCCAAACCCAAGGAAGAUCCGUUUCGGCAUACAGGCCGUAGAGACGGAAGAGUAUGACCCUCAGAGCAUGAAGGGCAACGGGUAUGCAGUCUGCUACCGUCCGUUUGGAGGUGGUGGACUCGUUACCAUCGACCAGGUAUGGUAUUGUCUGGAUGGCCGCUCCUCAGCUUGUCUGAAAGACCUAUGCCUGUCCUAUGCCUUGUUUCGGCAGCUCAUUGCAAGGCGUUUCUUUGGGCUAGUUGUCCAACGGCCCAAGACCAUCCCUGAAAUAAAAGACCAUGAUUUCGUAUUCAAGAAACUGCUGCCCUCUGAAGAGCAUUUCAAAAGAGCCUUCAGGAUUAUCGAGGCAGAGCUGGGCUUCUGCUACGACUACUUCUUCACAAAGAAUUCACUGGUACUUGAGACGCCAAAUCCGAUCAUACAAGUACGCAUCUCAAGAGCUGACUACAUCAUCACUCUGCUGCUUUUGGUUAUAGCCCUCACAGUGGAGCUGGUGCAUGCGGCAUUUUAUCUGGCAUCGGACUGGGCCCAGGUAUCACUAGCCACCAUGUAUGUCAAGAGAUACUGGUACGAAAUCAGCCCAUCCAUCUUUGCAACAGUCAUCGCUUUCCUUAGAAGGGUCACGUUUUCUGGACAGCUGAUGAGAAACAGGAUGAAGCAGCACUCAUUGAUGAGAAACGGGAUAAAACAGCAAGAUCCAGUGGAGGUUUCUGAUGCAGUGAAGAGAGCUGUUGCUAGAUCGCUCAUAUCAACGUAUGGCGGCAACGACCCAACCAAGGACGACGACGCCGUAGAAACAUCGCAAUGGCAGGACCAGAUGCCGUUCCAUACGUAUUCUUGUGAACUUAAGGGCCUCUCUCAGCUGGAAGUCAUGCUAAUUUGGCACAUCGCAACUGAACACUGUGAUAUUUCCUCUGGUCCUGCUCCUACUAAUCGGACUACUCGAGAUGAUGACCGAGGCGUUGCAGUUCAUUUGUCUAGAUACUGUGCGUACUUGAUUGGAUCUGUCCCAGAACUACUUCCGUACCAUGAAGCCGAUAUAGCAGAGUUGGCACUGAAGGUGGUGGGAGAACCCACGGAACAAGAAGACGACGCUCGGAAUAUCUUCCAUAAAGGCAUCGAGCUCGGUAAGCAGCUGGAGAGGAUGGCGGAUGGGGAUCGCUGGAAGGCGCUGCAAGAUUUCUGGGCCAAGACAACCAUCCAUGCCGCUAAGUCGCACUACACCACCAAGCAACACAUGCAACACCUUGAAAGUGGCGGGGAGUUCCUCACGCACAUCUGGGCUCUGCUUGCUCAUGCAGGCAUUCUCUACCUUAAUCCUGUGAACAAUGAAGAUCAGGAGGACCAGGCUAAUCUAGGCUCUGGACCCUCAGCUGCUGCAUGAUAGAUUCAAGUCAAUGGCGGAGCUAUUUUUGUCGGUUUUCCCCCACAAGUUUAUGUUCCAGAUGCUGUUGUUCCAUUUCGUUUUCAGUCUUUCUAGUGUCUGUCAAAAUAAGCUUUGCUAUCUGCAUGCAUGUAUCUGCUUGCUCAGGCAGGCAUUCUCUACCUUAAUCCUGUGAACAAUGAGGAUCAGGAGGAACAGGCUAAUUCUGGACCUUGUUAGAUAAUUCAGGUGCUGUUCUUCAGUUUUUUCAGUCUUCUGUUCUUUCUGUCGAAUAAGCUCAGAGAACUGAGCGCGUUUGUAUUGGCCUCAUGGCCUGAACUUGUCUCAGUUUCAUUUAUAUUGCAAUUCAAGCUCGCGGUACGCAGACACCUGAAACUUUGUCUGCUCCA